UACAGCUGGAUUCUCCAAGCAACUUGUGGAUUAGAAAGGCAGAAAGACGCAACCUCUGGCACAUGAGGGAGAGCAGUGACAGGUCAAUUUUGGGGUUUAAAAGCUUUAAACUUUUGAUUCCUCUUUGUUGUUGCUGCUAUUUUCAAGUAAAGAAGUUGUUGGACUCAGGAGCAUCAUGAUACCAUGGUGGCCCAACUGUUAGGGCUGGCCUUUCUAUAUCUAACUACCAGUCUGGCUACUUUCACGGCAAACGCCACGAAGAUCAACCAAAUAGGGCAGGUGGUUUACAAGGACAGCAGAGUGUAUGGUGUGGUGAACAGAGCGGUGAUCCUGGAGUGCGGUUCCACCUUACCUGACCAUUACAUAUGGAUCUUCAAAAAGCCCGGCACUGACAGAGUAAUAGCCGUGGCAUAUGAUAUCGGGAAAGGACCGAGGGUCACUACUCUGUCCCAGACACUCGGACAGCUGUCGGUCAUUUCAAACAGUGCAUCUGUGAGCAUUGAGAGACUGAACGUGGCUGCACAUGGCUUGUUCGUCUGCCAGGCCACGUAUGACAAAGAACCGGAGCCUGAACUCAUUUUCUACAACGUGCACCUCGUUGUCCGAGUGCCCAUCCGUAACCCUGAACUCUCAAUAAGUGAUGUGUCUCCAGUGGAGGGAUCUACAGUGCAGAUGCGGUGCAAUCUGGAAAAUGGGACUGGGCCCAUUGUGUACAAGUGGCAGCAUGAAUCCAGCGUUGGCGACAUCACAGACUUUGCACAGGGCAACAGCAGCACCAUCAACGUGACCAAUGUCAACCGCAACCACACCGGCCGGUACCGCUGUGUGGCCAGCAACGCCGUCAACAGCGAGAGCUCCAAAUGGGUGAAGUUGGAAACCAUUUUCGGCCCCGAUGUUCCUCAGAUACAAGUGACUCCUCACAGUGUAACUGGGCGGGGCUACUCAGCCCUGGAGAGAGACACUGUUUUUUUGCUCUGUCAAGCCCAGUCCCAUCCGCCCAGUCAGUACGUCUGGUUCUACAACAAGUCCCAAGUCUUCACCGGGCCAAAUUACAACAUCACCAACAUCCUCCGCAUACACACUGGCGAAUACACCUGCUUGGCACAUAACACCUACCUCAACACCCGCUCCAGAAAAACCAUCAGCCUGACUGUCUACUACCCACCUGAUGGCUCCCCUUCCUGCUCUGCAGAGCCGGCUCUGAAUCACACCUCUCUGAGGCUGUUCUGCUCCUGGUCUGGUGGGUUUCCCUCACCUUCUGUCCACUGGACUGGAGAUCUGAUAGAUGCAGGACACGAGCAGGCCAACACAAGGCAGCAAGCAAAUCCACUCACCAGCGCUGUCAUCUUGCUGCCCUCUGGAGGCCGGACUUCUAGCUCGUUUACAUGCACGGGCUCCCAUCUUGCCCUAAGACAAACAGCAGAGUGCAGAACACGCUCAUACAUUCCCCCUGCAGAGCCAGUGUGUGUUGCAUAUGUGACUAACAACAAGCAGUAUCUGAUGCUGACCUGCUCCUGGGACGGAGGGGCCCCAAAAGCCUUGGUGUGGUGGGAGGGCCCUGGGGGCAACGGUGCAGGCGAAAACUCCAACAUCCUGAUCCUCCGUUAUGGCACCGCUACCAGAGGAAAACCCUACACCUGCCACGCCAAGCACCCACUCCUGAACCAAACCAAGACCUGCAGGCUCACACUGGAAGCCCCAGUGUUGUUAACACAGCGCAGAAUCGUGUCUGUGUACGAGGGCAGCGAUGUGCAGCUCACCUGCAAUCUGAGAGACAACUACCUUCCUGCAAAUGAAAUCACCUGGUUUAACAAUCAGGGCCUCAGUGUCCAGGACACCUUCAAGUACAGGCUGCUGCGAACAUCCACAUGGGUCAAUCUGACUGUCAGAGACACAGAGCAGGUUCAAGACAGCGGCGAGUACAGGUGCACCACGUCCAACGCAGUGGGAGGAACUGAAAUCAAUGUCACUUUAGUGGUCAAGAGGCACCCCAUGCCACCCAAUGCAACUGUGGUCAGAGUGGCGUACAACAGCCGAUACCGUAACGAGGUGGACGUGGAGUGGAAGAUGGAGAGCGAAGAAGAAGGAGGCUGGACGGGUUUCUGGCUGGAGCACCGAUGGGUGUCGGAGCGACCAGGAAGGAGAGGAAGCAGCAAUGGUUCAAAGGAGCAGAUGGAGGAGAGGAUCACUUACCCAGUCUGGUACCGCGACAUCAUCCAGGACCCACGUGUGAUGAGUCAUACAGUAGGAAACCUGACCUGGACUGGUACCUACGAGUUCCGCAUCAGGCCUGUUAACCAUCGCACCAUCGGACACCCCUCUGCAGCAAAAACCCCAGCGGAACCUCGCUUCAAUAUAUAUCCUGCAGUGGUUGGAGCAGCUAUAGGUGGGAUGCUCUUUGCAGCCAUUCUAACGAUGCUGCUGCUCGUGUACAUAAUCCGCAACCGCAACAACAAUCCUCGAUUGCAUGACUUGCUGUUCGGCUCGCAACACAGCCAGUCGAGGGAAAACAUCAACCUCCCAGAAGAUGACGGCGGGUCAGAGGGAGGAAUCGAGGAGAUUGGUGGAUCAUCCAGUCCAGCUCCAGCCCUGGCUUUACCCCGGGCAGCUUCACCCCUCACCACCUCACCCCCGAGUGCCACCCCCUCCGCCCCCACCACCAGCCAAGCCCCUCCCACCGGCGACGACGACGAGCCCGUCAGCGUCACCAUCACCGUCAAGGCUACAGGCCCAUAGUCAAACAUCUGGAACUUUCAUUUGCAAUUUAACCUAGAAUUGUUUUUGUAGACCGUAGACAGUUUGCACCUUCAAUGAGUGUAGCCUGUUACUUAGACCUCAUCUCAGCUACAAUUACAGUCUCAAGCAUCUACAGUACUUCAUGCUUUACUACAACACUUUGUCAUAGUCAUCUGAAGCAUGGACAUGAAAGAACCUUUGAUUUCUACUGCAGAGUAAAUGAUAUACACUUAUAUUGA